AUGGAACAUUUUGAAUCGUUAGCACUUUCAACAGCACCACACCCUCCGGGUUGGUGGUUCCGCUAUGUGGACGACACUUAUAUCAAGCAAAUGAGGCAGUAUGUUGAUGAAUUUACAGAUCACAUCAACAGUAUUGACCCGGAUAUUAAGUUCACCAUAGAGAAGGGAGACAACGGGAGUUUGGCCUUUCUAGACACGAACACUAUAAGACUCAGUGAUGGUCAUUUAAAGACAAUAAAAAGUCCCGGAGCCAUGUUACAAUUACAAGAAACAGAAACUGCCAAACAUCCACUGCAAUGUCCUGCAAACCUGAAUCACAGUAAUGCAGACUUAAGAGAAAAGUUGUUCCACUCGAUGUACAUUAUCAAGGCUACUGCCCAUCGCCUCAGUCUCCGCAAGACUCCAAUUACGGCAUACGAACAGCCGCUGUAUGCAAUCGCUAAACAGAUAAAGCGAAAUAGGCCGAUAACAUAUGAUGAGAAUAAGGUUUUGAUCACACCGGGUGGAUUGUUUUAUAACAAUAACAGCAUGGAAGCCUAUUUGGGACCUGCUAGACAAAUGUAG